UGCGGCAAAAGGUGUAGGUGGAGGGCAGAACAGAUUGUAUGAUCGUAGAAAAUUAUUAUCUAAAAAUAAAAGUAAGAAAAAAAUAAAAUACGCGAAAUAAAAAUUAAUAGAAGAAAAAAUCAACUUUACAAAAUCGAGCGGAUGAAUUAUUAAAAAUCAAACAGAUUAAGGUCAUGUCGCCAACAGGGUGGAUUCUUUUCGUAAUAGUGGGUUUUGUGACAGCCCUUAAUCCUGUGCCUCAUCGCACUAACGAAGAAUCUUUAAGGGGUGCUUUAAAUGCACUUACGAGAAAACAACGUUCUCUAGAUUACAAUACACGUGAAUUCUACAAUAAUUUACCUUCAUUUAAAUAUCGAGGUGAUAACGAUAGAAAAUUCGAAAGACAACGUGAGGACAAUGACUUUGAUGAAGACGAGGAGGAAUUAGAAUUUUUACCUCUGGAAAAUGGUCAAAUUGAGCCUAUAAAUGAUGAAUAUCGAAAUUUAAAUGAGAAAUUAUUGGAAAAAGCCCUUGCGGACUAUGCCAAAUCUGAAUCAGCUCAAGAAGAAGCGGUACCAUCACUAUUUCGUGAAAGGGAACGAACUGCUAAUAUCAAAAGGGGAAUCAGAAAUGAACGACCAAAUCCUGAUGACGAAUUGGCAAGACUAUUUUUAGAUGAAUUAGAGUAUGGACCCUACAGUCAAGAUGAGAUCGAUGAUAAUGAAUACAAUACACUUCGAAUGUUACAUCGACCACAACAGGAUAAUCAAUAUUACGGAAGCGAUGGCCUUAUUUCAUGGGGUGAUGUUUUAGAAAAGAAGCCACUGCGUGAAAGAUUUCGCGAUGAGAGUGAUGUCGUCGAAUUUCCCGAAAGAGAAUCAGAUCUUUAUUUAAUGCCAAUGGAAAGAAGAAAUGUUAAUGCUCGAUUUCCAAUUGGUCGUGAUUUUCGAAAUUAUCGAGAAAUGUCCAAACGAUUUCCACUUGCAGUGGCAAAAAGAAGCGCUAAAGCUGUGAGCCAAAUGAAACAAAUUACAGAUCCAAAGGUUGCUCACGAUUUGGGUAUUUUAUUUGGCACGCAAUCAACUGAGAAUAAGAAUCACACGCACGAACAUGAUGGUAAUCAUGAUCAUAAUCAGGAGAAAAAUAAAGCUCACCAACAUGGAUCUGAUGUUCAUGGUAUGACUGCACAAAAUCAAGAGAUAACAUCAAUAGCGCCAAAUGUUAAUAAUUCCCAUCAAAUGGAGAAUAAUACAAAAAUAAAUCAAUCCAAGGAACGACCAAUUGAAGUGAAGAAAAAAAGUGUCAAUUGGUCCGAUUAUUUUGGUAUCGAUAAAAGAAAGAAGAAAUCCACAUUUAUGCCUAAGCCUGGUUCACAAAAUCAAGAUGACGAAUGGUUUUUGGAACGCUAUUAUAAGACAAUGGCGGAGAAUUUAAAGUCAGAAAAUGAUAAAGAUGAGAGAAAGGACAAAUUACAACAAAUGGAAUCGAGAUUGAAACAUAUUAAGGAUUUGAUAAUACAAGAGGCACUCAAUGUUGAAGGUACUGAUAUUGAGGAAAUAAGAGAAAAAGUAUUAUCAAGAUUGGCAGCAGCUUAUUCACUUGAUAAAAUGAGAAAAGCUUUAAAUGAAUUUAGAGACGCUGUUGCUCAAAGAGAAAGUCAAAAAUUGUCACAAGAUCAUCAGGACGAUACGUUGACUACAAGUCCUCCUGAGAAUAAUGGUAUCUCCCAUGAAAAAAUUGACGAGAAACGAAGAACAAUUAUUAGCGAAAACGAAGAAGGUUUUGAUGAAGGAAAUACCUGCCCGGAACUGGAAGCAAUUGAUAUUCACUGUAGAAUGACUGGUCUUAUGUCUCACGAUCUUAGAAAUAUUCUUCACGAUUCAUGUGUUUCAACUUUAAUAUGCAGAUCCUGCGGAGGACAGGAUUGCCUUAAUAAAUUUGCAUUUGAGGUAGAGAAAGCAUGUGAAUCAUUGGAAAUUCAACAAAGCAUUUGGUCAAAGGAACAAUGUCUCGGAGCAGCAAGAUUAUUACCAAUAAAUCCACCAGCAACUCUAGUAGCACUUUGCCAUUCUGAUGGAAGAGACUCAUGUCUAAUACGAAAUUAUUAUCAUAAUCGUCAAAGGAAUAUUAAUCAUCGUUUUGGAUAUGAUAAUGUAAUUUCUAUGCAACGAUAAGAUGCAAAAGAAACCCUCCCAUCCCCCAUCGUACGACUCAUAUCAAACUCUUCCCUCGUAUAAUUCAAAUAAAUAUAUAGAUUGAAGAGUCGAGACGUAAAAAUCAUCAAAGAAUCAAGAACAAAAAAUUUGGAUCUAUUCUUGAAUCUAUAAAGGAAUAUAUAUAAAGAACAAUAUAUUCCUUUUAAAUGACGACGACGACAAAAAUUUCAAUAUUGAAUUUCAUAUGCUACUAAAAAAAUAACAAAAUCAAAAAUUAUAUUUUCAUCGCGAAAGAAAAUUAUUAUUAGAGCUUCGAUUUUUUCAUUAUUCAUCUAUUUUUCUUUGUCAUGUUCUUCCAGCUUCUUAUAUUAUUAUACAAAACAAAACACUUAUCGUAUUUUAAUAUAAUUAAAAAAAAUAACUGCAGAAAAAAAUUAGAUUUGAACCGCAUUAGAAAAUAGAUUUUUUAGAAUAUAUAAAAAUGAUUUCUUGCAUCUUUUAAAAAUUUUAAAUAAGAGAAAAAAAAAUCAUUUUUCAUUAUUUCUAAAUUUCUAAAAGGAAGAAAUCAUUUCUCAAUAACCUGCAAAAAACCGUAAUUUAUAAGAAGAUAAGAAAAAAUAAUUCUUAUAUUACUAUAUUACGGAUAAUCCUAAAACUGGCACUGAGACUGAUGAUUUAUGUGACCAAUAAUUUAGAUGACAAAAAAAAAACUUGGUCCAUGAAGGAGUAAUUUGACUAGAAAAUACAAAAAAAAAAUAUGAAACAUUCACACUGAUAAAUUCUCUAAUGAAUAUAAGAGCUACUUUAAGAAUGGUGUAAAUGUUCAAUAACUUUGGACUAAAAAAAAAAAAAAAAAUUUCUGAAUGUUUGAUCGAAAAUCCGAUUUUACAAAAUAGAAAAAAUUCACUAUUUUUUUUUCCUAAUAAAUCUUUGAUCUUAGAAAUUAAUUACUGAUAAUUAAAUUUAAAUAUUGAUUAUCGAGGCAAAGUCGGAUUUUUGUUGGAGGAUUUAGAUUUUUUUUUUUUAUAAUUCGUUUUAAUCUAUGUACCUUAAAUCUUAUUGCUACAUGAAAGUACCUUGAAACAAGGAGAAGCUUAAUUAAUGCACUUCUAUUCGCGAGGCAAUUCUUUCUCAAGACUCGAUUUUUAUUAUUUUUAAUCUAAUUAAGAGACAAUAAUAGUGAAGAUCAAAUUAUGAUAUAUAUACUUUUUUCAGUAAAUAAAAAUUAUUUUUCAAAUUAUAAAUUUAUGACAAUCACUUUAAAUUAUAAUUUAUCAAUAUUGAAAAUAUUUAAUUUAUACAGAAAUCCAAUAAAGUUUGUAAUUCAAAGAAAUUUCAUAUAAAAUUUAAAGAUUGAUUUAAAUAAAAUUUGUUGAGUCUAUAUAUAUAAAUGAAUGCCAAGCAAAUAGAUGAAAAUUCUAAUUAAUCGCCAGAUUUGAAUAAAAAAAAAAAAAAAAAAUUCUACAUGUAUACGGAAAAUUCUAUUUUUAUUUUCAAUAUUAAAUAAUAUCUAUAUAGAAAUGAUAAAAUAAUGUUCAUAGUUUUUUUUUUUAUUUUCUAUACAAAAUAUGAAAAAAAAGUAUUUUACUACCUUUAUUAAAUAAAAGAAAUAAUUGUUUUUUAAAUAAAAAUAAUUAAAAAUUUUAUUUUUUUAAUAAAGUGAUUAAAAGAUUUUAUUUUUUAAAUUUAAAAUUAAAUUAAAGAAAAAUUUAUUUUACCUGGCGACAAAUCUUUUAAAAAUAUUCGAUUAAGAGGCAAAAAAUAAAAAAAAAAAAAAAAUAAUAAGUGUAUAAUCUAUGGUUGACUUAUAAUAAAUGUUGUAGACAAUUAUAUAUAUUUGUGCACUCGCGUAAUUAAGACGUAUAAUUCGUUAUUUCUAUAAUCGUUGUUAAAUUAUAAUUAUAUAUUUGUUAACAACGAAAUCAUGAAAAAAAAAAAAUAAUCUGACAAGAACAAUGAGAUUAUUUAUCAGUUCGCCUAUUUCUUUUUGAGAUGAAAUUUACAAUAUAAUUAAAUUUUUCUAUUUACUGUCUUCCUUUAUAUUAAUUUUUCUAAUGGGCAAUAUAAUAUAUAAAUAUUUUAAAACACAUGAUGAACAUCUCUGACAAUGAAAAGCGAGAUAUGAAAAGAUAUAUUCGUUACAUAUUUUAAUAUAUAAAUAUAUAUACAUAUAUAUAUUUUAUAUUUGAGUUUUAAUAAAUAGAUUUUAUGGUCGAAUUUAGGCGUGAUCUAAAUUUACGUCCAGUGAAAAGAAGAAAGACAAGAGGCCGUACAAAAGUAAACGUACUGAUAAUUAAUUAAGAAAUAUAUUAAUAUGCGCUCCUUUAAGUGGUUACUGUUUAUGCAUUUUAAAAAUCUAUAUAGAAAUUAUAUACAUUUAUGUUACCAAACAGACUUGCAUACUGCUCUUUAAAUGUAUCAGUCUACUAAAAGCGAAUAUAUAUAAAAAAUACAAUAUACAAUAAAUAUAUUUAAAGAUAAAUUUUAAAGAUUUAUUUUAUCAAAAAUUACAUUGUAAUUUUUAACUUUAUCUUUAUAAUGAUUAUAGCAUAGAAUUCACACCGUAUAUGUUAAUUUAUGAACAAUUAUUUAAGAAAACAAAUAGUUAUUUAAAAUUAAAUUUUAAUAAUUUAAUGUUCAGAAUGAAAAAAUUACUUCAUGAAGUUUUAUUAUAAUAAAUGACUUAUCUGUAAUGUAUUAUUAUUAACAAGAAAAUUGGCGUCUAAACUUCCAUGUCAUCAUUUAUCGCCAUAAUUUUCAAGUUUCUUUAAUAUAUCCAAAUAAGGAGGUUCAUAAAGUAACAUCAAAUCGGUUUGCAUUUGUGCAAGUUGAACUGAAAAAUUUCAUGUUUAAAAAAUAAUGUGAAGUAAUAUAAAUUUUAUUUUGCAACUAUUGUAAGAAUAAAUAAAAAAAAUUUUAAUUUAAUUAUUAUGCAUUGGAAAUAAAUUAUUGUUUAGAAAAUAUAA